UUCUUUCUUUACCCAUUUUGAUCAACGAACUCCCCAUCGAUCUCUUUCAACCUUUAAGGGACUCCAUUAACGCAUAAAACUUGAAACAAAAAUGGUGAGAGCUCCCUGUUGUGAGAAGAUGGGGUUGAAGAAAGGUCCAUGGACUCAUCAAGAAGAUCGAAUUCUCAUUGAUUAUAUCAACCUCCAUGGUCAUCCCAAUUGGCGAGCUCUUCCAAAACUUGCAGGUUUAUUGAGGUGUGGGAAGAGUUGCAGGCUGAGAUGGACGAAUUAUUUGAGACCCGAUAUUAAAAGGGGUAACUUUAGUAGAGAAGAAGAAGAAACCAUCAUUCAGUUGCAUACCGCCAUGGGAAACAGAUGGUCAGCGAUUGCUGCAAGAUUACCAGGAAGAACAGAUAACGAAAUCAAGAACGUUUGGCACACACACUUAAAGAAAAGAGUAAACCCUAACCAUACUACUGAACCCACCUCCAAUUUUGAAGAAAAACAAGAAGAAUCUAAGGAAGAAGAUGAACAAACCGGUGCCAGAUCAUCAUCAUCACCAUUAGAGACGAAUUCCACCAGUAGUACUGAUCAAACGAGUUAUAAUCAAAUAGAUUCUCCACAGCCUUCGUGUACUGAAAUUUCUUCAGUAACCACAAGUACAAAUGAUAACGUGUACAAUGAGGAGAUGAUUUUGGAGAACUUCCCGGAGAUGGAUGAUGAAUUUUGGUCUGAGGUAUUUUCAGGUGGGAACUCCGACGAGUUUCCGUUGGUCCAUGAAAACAUAGGUCAACUUCAAAGUGGAUGUGGGCAAGAGUCAAUUUUGCACGAUGAUAUGGACUUUUGGUUCAACGUGUUUACAAGAGGAGAAGAAUUACCACAAAUUUAAAGAAAAAGACAAAACUAUAUAUAUUUUUUUAGAUUUUCUUUUUCUUUUUAACAUUUAAAGAGUCGUUCUAACAAUUGUACUUGUAAUUCUGUAGCGAAGCAACGAUCACAUUUGUUAUCUUGUCUUUAGCAAAA